ACGCUUAAGGGGGAUCUGCAGUGCUCGCCAGCUGAAUUGGUGUACGGUACCACCAUGCGUUUACCAGGCGAGCUAAUCGCUCCCGAAACUUUCGAGCCAAAUUUCCCGGAUACCACCCGUUACGCUCAGCAACUUAAAAGUUUUAUGCAGCGACUCCGACCAGUUUCCACACGCACUCAGAACCGAAAGGUUCAGGUUGAUCGGCGACUUGAUGACUGUACACACGUUUUCGUGCGUCACGACGCCAUACGAAAGCCAUUACAACCACCGUAUGACGGGCCUUUUAAGGUCCUUAGUCGUAAAGAUAAAUUUUUCGUUAUUGACCGAUGCGGCCGCCCAGACACUGUCAGCAUAGACAGACUUAAAGCGGCAUACACUGAAGAACCUUCACCCUCCCCAUCGGCUCAAUCAAAUAGCCCCACUGAACCUAGUCCUUGUCCAGACUCAACUACCUCACCUCCGGUGGUGAAUGAUGAUUCUCCUACCGUCACCAGUAAGACCCCUGUCACACGUGCUGGUCGACGUGUUCACUGGCCCAAGAGGUUCGUAGAAUUCUUUCACUGAACUAAUCCAUAGGUAAUGCUACUAGUGAUUUUUUAUUCCUUGUCACAAUUUCUUAUUCAAUUCUGCUAUAUUUAAUCUAUUUGGUCCCGCUUCUGGGAGUAGUCGUUUUAACCCUCACUAAUCCUUUUAAUCUUUAUCUCUCGUUACAGAGGACCAGCAGCAGUUUGUUUUUACCCCUAAUUUUUCAUCUAUUUCAUCUCAAUCUACUCGCUAGAUCAGUUGGCUUCUCAUGUCAUCUUGUAACCCACACCAAAAGAGGAAUUAUGAACAGUAUAUUACCUUUCACUGCCCAUUUUCUUCCAAAAAAAA